GCCUCGAGAAACCUUUCUCUUUCUCCUCUGUAGAGAUAGGGGUUUUUUGGGUUCUCUGCUCUUGUCGUGAAGUUGGAAUCUUUCUAUGGGGUUCGCUUUUUCUGCUAGCGAUGAUCAUGGUCGAUGGGUUAGGGAACGACCGUGGAUGUUCUUGUCGUGGAGAAGCUCGGUUCAUGUGAAGUAGUUGUCGGUUGACCGUUCUCUGGUUGCUGCGGUUUAUGUUCGAUCCCUGUCUUUCACGCGAUCUUUGUGCUUGUGCGCUCUUGUUUCUUGUUUUUCUGGGAUAUUAUACGCGGCACGCGUGCGGUGUUUGCAUCCCGUAAUUCUGCUUCCUGUUGGUUAUCGUGGACUUAGUUUUGAUGACGUGCUCUUGGUUGUGCUGGCUGUGAAAGAACCCCGUGUCUUGGUUUGAGAUAUAGAAGCCGGAGAUUGGGAUUUCUCUGGGGUUCAGAAUAGUCUCCCUGUUUCUUGGUUUAAGAAGUAGGUGCUGGAGGUUGGGAUUCCUCUGGGGUUCGGAAUAGUUUUGAUCAGAUUAUAUGUUGAUGGUCUGUUAAGAUUAUUUUAUAUGUUCGUGUUCUUUCGCCACAAACACUCACCGGUUCUCAUUGAAUUGGUCCUCUCUUGAUUGUCAAGACAUCCUCUUUCUUCGGUUCUAGAAGUCCAAACCCAGCAAAUUACAUGGUUGAAGGAGACUUCGAGCUUCCAACUGCUUUCGACCCAUUCGCUGAGGGCAAGGACUCGGGUGCCCCUGGGGCAAAAGAGUAUGUUCACAUACGCAUCCAGCAAAGGAAUGGAAAGAAAAGCCUGACCACUGUGCAGGGGCUGAAGAAAGAAUUCAGCUACGAGAAGAUCCUCAAGGAUCUGAAGAAGGAGUUCUGCUGUAAUGGGAAUGUUGUCCAGGACAAGGAGCUCGGAAAAAUCAUUCAACUGCAAGGCGACCAGCGGAAGAACGUCUCCCACUUUCUGGUCCAGGCCGGCCUCGUGAAGAAAGACCAGAUCAAGAUUCAUGGUUUCUAAGAGAGACCAGGGUUCAUGAUCGGUCACUGUGUCGUGUGUCUACUACUAUAAUUACUGGUGGUGCUUGCUUUUAUGUGGGUUCUGUAGAAUCCUGAAUAAUCCGGUGGCUUUGACUGCUGGAGAAGUUGUUAGGUUGUGUUUUUCCUCCUUUUUGCUUUCUCUUUGAUGCUGUCUAGACUUGUAUACCUCAAUGGGGUGUUAUGAUCCUUUGUGGAGAAUGGGAUUUGGAAGUUCAGAUGUCGAUAUGAUAA